AUGAGAGCUCGUUUGGUGGCCGUCUUCGAAGAGCAGGACCCUCACAACGGAGGUGACGGCACCAGCGCCAGCUCCACGGGGACACAGAGUCCAGAACCCUACGUGGGCCAGCUGAGCUCCACCUCCGCCUUCCAGCCCUACCAGGCCGACGGCGAGAUCGAGGUCACGCCAUCGGCGCUGCGAUCGAACAUGCCUCUCCGCGUCCGUCGCAGCAGCGAUCCCUCGCUGGUUGGCCUCCCCGCCGCUGAAAUUCCACUUGGCGAGGAAGAACCGUCGAGAAAGAACCCGAGUCGCUGGUCCACCACCGCCGGCCUCCAGAAGUACAACCACCAGGCACAUCAGAACCCUGGCACCAACAGCCUCGAACGGAAGGGCAGGGGAGGCCACGCCUACCGGAGUCUUCCUCGCGACGGCGGUGGCAGGACCACUCAGUUCCAGCGGGAGAUGACCAGGUCUUCCCUCAGCGCCAAUCAUCCCAUGGUGGACCGCUGGCUGGAUCGACAAGAACAGGAAGAAGAAGAGACCAGACGGAAACUCAGAGUUGAGAGGAUAGAACCAGUGGGAAGAGCCGACUCCGCCUUGGACCAUUGGCCGCUGCCCAGUCUGGAAGCCUUGCUCAAGCCCGUGGAGGUGUCCAACAAAGGAGGGCCCCUGGGGAUCCACCUGGUGCCUUUCAGUGCACAAGAUUUCAGGACCCAGGGCAUGCUGGUCAAUCGUCUGGAGCGCGGGGGCAAGGCGGAGCAGGAGCGUCUCUUCCAGAAGAAUGAUUGCAUUGUCAGGAUCAAUCAGAGAGAUAUACGCAACCUCCACUUUGAACAAGCCCAGAACAUUUUCAGGCAGGCCAUGGCUUCCACCCCCAUCCUCUUCCACGUGGUCCCCGCCGCCAUGAAGAAGCAGUACGAGCUGCUGGCGGGCAGAAGUGACCUCAGCUCGCCCCAGUCCGGCAGGGUCCGCGUGAGCCAAGGCUCUUGGCAUUCCGGAGACAGGACCAGCCUGACGGGGGGGAGAACAUCCAGUCUACGGGACUCCCUGGCAGGGAGCAGCCCUGAGCCGAGGCACAGGUACGCCACGCUACCCCAGUCGUUGCUGUCCAGCGCCUCGUCCACCUCAUCGGCUUCCCUGCAGCGCAGGAUAAGCACCACCUUGUCCAACAGCUCCUACGUCGCGGGCCGAGGACGCAGUUUCAACAUCCAGUUGAAGAAAGGUCCGGAAGGACUUGGGUUCAGCAUCACUUCCCGAGAUGUUCCAGUUGGUGGCAGCGCUCCUAUUUAUGUCAAAAACAUACUGGCUCGGGGUGCCGCCAUCCAAGAUGGUAGACUAAAAGCUGGAGACUGUCUUCUGAAGGUCGGUGGUGUGGACCUGAGUGGUAAAACCCAAGAAGAGGUGGUGGCCGUGCUGCGUGCUGCACCCAUGGGUGGGGUAGUCAACCUGCUGGUGACUCGUCCAGAGGAACCCCUGCUGCCUCGAGAAGUGCAAGCGGGUGAUGAUGACCUGGUCUUGACCCCGGACGGUACGCGAGAGUUCAUGACCUUCGAGAUCCCCCUCAACGACUCGGGUUCCGCAGGCCUGGGGGUCAGCGUCAAAGGCAACCGAUCCAAGGAGAGCCACGCCGACUUGGGCAUUUUCGUCAAAUCCAUCAUCAACGGUGGCGCGGCCAGCAAGGAUGGGCGGCUGCGCAUAAACGACCAACUCAUCGCCGUCAACGGGGAGUCACUGCUGGGGAAUACCAAUCAGGAAGCCAUGGAAACGCUACGGAAAUCAAUGUCGGUGGAAGGCAACAAGCGAGGGAUGAUCCAACUCAUCGUCGCCCGGCGGCUGGGACAAAACCAAGAGGAUCUCCCUGGCAGCCCUCCUAUGUCGGACCACCUUGGCAGCCUCCCAGAUAACCAUGAGCGCCGCAUCUCUCACUCCCUGUAUGAGACCAUCGAGGUCUUCAACAACAUCUCCACACCGUUACCAAAGCCAGCUGGCCGCAUUGGUACAUACCAGCUCUCCCCCACUGUCAACAUGCCCCAGGAUGACAUCGUGCUGAUAGAAGACGACAGACCGCCUGUGCUCCCGCCGCACUUCUCCGACCAAUCGUCUUCGAGCUCCCACGAAGACCUGGGCUUCAUCGGGGGCAACCCGGGACCGUGGAUCCAGGUGCCGGCCAGCCACAACGAAUGCUCACUCAGUCCUGAUGCAGACCCGGAUGGUUCUUUCCAAAGGGAGGGCUUCGGUCGCCAGAGUAUGUCGGAAAAACGCACCAAGCAGUAUGACAGCGCCUCUCACCUGGACAUCGUCAAGUCACGCAAGUCCAAGAGCAUGGAUCUAGGACAUUCCGUGGGACCCACGCUGGGCCUCAAAAAGUCCAGUUCCCUGGAAAGCCUCCACACCGCUGUUGCCGCGGCGACGCGGCACGCCGAGAUCAAUGUCAACCGGCCGCGCUCGCGGAUCAUCCGAGGCCGGGGCUGCAACGACAGCUUCCGGGCGGCCAUCGACAAGUCGUACGACAAAGCUGGCGUCCAGCCGGAGGACGGCGCCAGCAUGGAGACCUUGGACGAGGACACGGACGGCAGCUCCCGAUCCGGCCACGAUUCCACAUCCGCCUGCGGGGACCCGGCCCCGGGCCCCGGGCUCAACGGCAAAGAAGAGCGGCUGAAAGACGGCGACAAGACGGAGAAGAAGAAGAAGAAGAAGCAGCCCGAGCGGGACAAAGAGAAGGAGAAGAGCAAAGCCAAGAAAGGCGUGCUGAAGGGUCUGGGCGAGAUGUUCAGGUUGGGGAAGAGCCGCGCUAACGAGCAGGCGGGAGACGGCAAGGUGGAGAGGAAGAGCUCCGGCCGGGCGAGAGCUGAAGACCUGCAGCCGUCGGAGGAGGACACCCAGAGGAUGAGGCUGGAACAGGAGAGAAUCCAGGCCAAGAUGCGGGAGUUGCGGGAGAAGCAGGCCAAGGAGCGAGAAUAUGCAGAGAUCCAGGACAUCAUCAGCCACACCACCUUGAGCUCGGAGGAAGAGCACACCUACGCCGGCAUCGGCUCGCUGGACUCCUCGGUGGACGGCAGCAGCCUGGAGCCUUACGGCGCUCACCAUCACUACCAUCUGCCUCAGACUCCUGAGGGCCCUCUGCAUUCCUCCAGUCCUCACAGCAACAAGCCGCCUCCAGAGGCCAUCUACGCUCAGGUCAACAAGCCUCGCAAUGGACGCCCCGUGUCGACUGAAAGCAAUCAGACGGCUCCCAGUAACCAUGACCGGAUACAAAGGCUCAGAAACGAGUUCCAGCAGGCCAAGCAGGACGACGACCCGGUGGACCACCGGCACUCCUACAGCUUGGAUCAGACUUGGGGUACCAACGGGACGGACGGACCGAGCGGGCGCCAUUCGGUAACUGUGGAGCGGCAGCGCCAGGAGGACCCAGGCACUUUCCAACAAGCCCAAAGGCAAUACAGCUCUCUGCCACGGCCGCCACGUAAGACCCCGAGCAUCGCGUCCCAAGACGCACGGGACAAGGCUUUCCCACCAGCAGUCGCCAAGGAUGACCCCCGCUACUCCGGCGCCCACAACGGCUACCUGGGAACGUCCAACUACAACGCCCGAGUCGUCCUGGAGACGCAGGAGUUGCUGAGACAGGAGCAGAGGCGCAGGGAUCAGGAGGUCCACAAAGGACAGGAACCGUCUACCAGAAACCACAAUCAGGAGCCCCCGAAAUCCAAGGGUCCCUACAGACAGGAUGUGCCCCCGUCCCCGGGUCAGCUGGCCAAGCUCAGCCGGCUUCAUCAGGGCUCUGAGAAAGGCAGGCCGUUUUAUCCCUAACCGUAAAAAACAACAACCUUGAGACUGAUUUUACAUUCCUUCAAAAAGUGAGCAGAGUCCAAAUGCUGUCGUACUUUCAAGUAUUUAAUUCCCUUCAUGACAUGAACAUUAAUCUUUUUUAUGGUAUAUGUAAAAUAACGUUUUUUUUCCAUAUGUAUAUAAGUGCCUUACCAGUUUCUACCUUUGGACUUUGUCACGAUCAAUUGGGGGCUGGUCCGGGAGUGCCCCGACAUCCCUCAGAGAGGAGAAGUCACUGCCACGGAGAAAGUAUGAACUUUCCGACAUUCCUUCAUCGGCUUUUAGGUUCCUCUUCUCUCCUUCAUCCGACCGGCUCAGGUGGGAGUUUUUAAUGAGUGUACCUCGUUACAAAAUAAACACAGCUUUGUUUUGUUGUGGAGUGCGGCAAGGAGCCAGAAACGCCAACCUUGUCGGCAAGCGUCCAGGCUUUGUUGGGAACGACUGGGACGUAAGUGAAGCUUGCCGGUGAAGUCGAUGCGGUUUCUUGCGGAAUCCUUUAUUCAGGUUGGGCGGACUGGGGGGGUCAGUCUCUUUUAUCAGCUGGGGGCUGGUCCGGGUGUGCCCCGACAUCCCUCAGAGAGAAGUUACUGCCACGGAGAAAGUAUGAACUUCCCGACAUUCCUUCAUCGGCUUUUAGGUUCCUCAUCUCUCCUUCAUCCGACCGGCUCAGGUGGGAGUUUUUAAUUAGUGUACCUCGUUACAAAAUAAACACAGCAUUUGUUUUGUUGUGGAGUGCGGCAAGGAGCCAGAAACGGCAACCUUGUCGGCAAGGGUCCGGGCUUUGUUGGGAACGACUGGGACGUAAGUGAAGCUUGCCGGUGGAGUUGAUGCGGUUUCUUGCGGAAUCCUUUAUUCAGGUUGGGCGGACUGGGGGGGGUUCAGUCUCUUUUAUCAGCUGGGGGCUGGUCCGGGAGUGCCCCGACUUCCCUCAGAGAGGAGAAGUCACUGCAACUGAGAAAGUAUGAACUUUCCGACAUUCCUUCAUCGGCUUUUAGGUUCCUCUUCUCUCCUUCAUCCGACCGGCUCAGGUGGGAGUUUUUAAUUAAUGUACCUCGUUAGAAAAUAAACACAGCAUUUGUUUUGUUGUGGAGUGCGGCAAGGAGCCAGAAACGGCAACCUUGUCGGCAAGGGUCCGGGCUUUGUUGGGAACGACUGGGACGUAAGUGAAGCCUGCCGGUGGAGUCGGUGCGUUUUUUUUGGAAUCUUUUAUUCAGGUUGGGCGGACUGGGGUGGGAUCAGCCUCUUUUAUCAGCUGGGGGCUGGUCCGGGAGUGCCCCGACAUCCCUCAGAGAGAAGUCACUGCCACGGAGAAGGUAUGAACUUUCCGACAUUCCUUCAUCGGCUUUUAGGUUCCUCUUCUCUCCUUCAUCCGACCGGCUCAGGUGGGAGUUUUUAAUUAAUGUACCUCGUUAGAAAAUAAACACAGCAUUUGUUUUGUUGUGGAGUGCGGCAAGGAGCCAGAAACGGCAACCUUGUCGGCAACCGUCCGGGCUUUGUUGGGAACGACUGGGACGUAAGUGAAGCCUGCCGGUGGAGUCGGUGCGUUUUUUUUGGAAUCUUUUAUUCAGGUUGGGCGGACUGGAGGGGGGGUCAGUCUCUUUUAUCAGCUCGGGGCUGGUCCGGGAGUGCCCCGACAUCCCUCAGAGAGGAGAAGUCACUGCCACGGAGAAAGUAUGAACUUUCCGACAUUCCUUCUUGGCUUUUAGGUUCCUCUUCUCUCCUUCAUCCGACCGGCUCAGGUGGGAGUUUUUAAUUAAUGUACCUCGUUAGAAAAUAAACACAGCAUUUGUUUUGUUGUGGAGUGCGGCGAGGAGCCAGAAACGCCAACCUUGUCGGCAAGGGUCCGGGCUUUGUUGGGAACGACUGGGACGUAAGUGAAGCUUGCCGGUGGAGUUGAUGCGGUUUCUUGCGGAAUCCUUUAUUCAGGUUGGGCGGACUGGGGGGGGGUCAGUCUCUUUUAUCAGCUGGGGGCUGGUCCGGGAGUGCCCCGACAUCCCUCAGAGAGGAGAAGUCACGGCAACCGAGAAAGUAUGAACUUUCCAACAUUCCUUCAUCGGCUUUUAGGUUCCUCUUCUCUCCUUCAUCCGACCGGCUCAGGUGGGAGUUUUUAAUUAGUGUACCUCGUUACAAAAUAAACACAGCAUUUGUUUUGUUGUGGAGUGCGGCAAGGAGCCAGAAACGCCAACCUUGUCGGGAAGGGUCCGGGCUUUGUUGGGAACGACUGGGACGUAAGUGAAGCUUGCCGGUGGAGUUGAUGCGGUUCCUUACGGAAUCUUUAUUCAGGUUGGGCGGACUGGGGGGGGGGUCAGUCUCUUUUAUCAGCUGGACACAAUUUGACUGAUUGGUUCUUUUAUUCUGUGAUUGCGUCCUUUGACGGAGAACAAUUUGGUUGUAUUCCUAAUCAAUAUUUGGUGGGGGUGUGUGAGUGUGCGUUCUUGCACUUUUUGUAAAUUAAGGCCUAUUUAAAAAAAAACAAUGAUUAAUAAUUUCAGGGCAUGUGUGAAAAUGUUUUGCUUUUUAUGUUGUUCGGUGUGUAAAAAUGAAGCUUUUAACUUUGACAUCACUACAAACAUGGACAGUGGUACCUCUGUUUUUGCGAUUUUUGGAAAAAAAAGUACCAGAUGUCGGCCUAACUUUGUACGUACCAAACUAGUCCGUUUACCGGCGUACUGUUCAUUGGAAUCCAGUGGCCAAAUAAUUUUUUUUUAGAUAUUGGAUUCUGUAGACAGAUUGCAGCCAUGGGGUCUUUGGACUGGGUCGCGGGUGGAGAGUGGGUCGCUGACCAGUUUUCAGUCGAGUCUCUGAACGACUCUUUUUAGUGAACAAUGAGAAGCCUUUCUCACUCAUCUCAAUAAGUUUGAAUAUCGUUCAAAAAUGAUUUUAAUUAAUUAGUUUAUUUUAGACAAAGUUUCCAUUAGUAACUCAUAUUGAAAUAUUCUACAUUUGGACUUUUUUGGGGGAGUUUUCAUUUCUCCUCCAAGCAGCUACAAGACAUUGAAACAUUGAAAACUUCUUGAAUUCGGUCCUGACAUUGAGUAUCUCAACGUUGAAACAACAUGCUUUUUGACAACGUUAAAUUAAUAUUGGGUUGUGACGUUGAUUUGUUAGGUCAAGAAAAAACACAAAAGCCAUUUCGUCCCUACAAGCCUCUUUCACAGGUUUCCCUGCUCUUCAGGGGAGUUUUCCCUGAACUCCCCUGAAGUGCAGGGAAAUCUGUGAAACAGGCUCACUACAGGAAGAGAUGAAGGUACAACAUUCUUUCUUCUGCUCGGAUAGAAGAGAAACAUCUUCUUAGACAAUCUAAACCAGGGGUGUCCAAACUUUUUGACUUGGGGGCUAAAAAAUUUUGGUUGAGGGCCGAAAAACGACUGUAUUUUAAGUUAUGUAUAUAUAUAUAUAUAUAUAUAUAUAUAUAUAUAUA